CGCCGCCACCGCCACCGCCACCAUGGUGUCAGUAAUUAACACGGUGGACACCUCCCAUGAGGACAUGAUUCAUGAUGCCCAGAUGGACUACUAUGGCACCCGCCUGGCAACCUGCUCAUCAGACAGGUCCGUCAAAAUCUUCGAUGUGCGCAACGGAGGGCAGAUCCUCAUCGCUGACCUCAGGGGACACGAGGGUCCCGUGUGGCAGGUGGCCUGGGCCCACCCCAUGUAUGGCAAUAUCCUGGCAUCGUGCUCCUACGACCGGAAAGUCAUCAUCUGGAAGGAGGAGAAUGGCACCUGGGAGAAGACGCACGAGCAUGCGGGACAUGACUCCUCAGUCAACUCCGUGUGCUGGGCCCCCCAUGACUGCGGCCUGAUCCUGGCCUGUGGGAGCUCAGACGGGGCCAUCUCCCUGCUGACCUACACCGGGGAAGGCCAGUGGGAAGUGAAGAAGAUCAACAACGCGCACACUAUUGGCUGCAACGCCGUCAGCUGGGCCCCAGCUGUUGUACCUGGAAGCCUCAUAGACCAGCCGUCAGGGCAGAAACCCAAUUACAUCAAGAAGUUUGCGUCAGGUGGCUGUGACAAUCUCAUCAAGCUGUGGAAGGAGGAUGAGGACGGCCAGUGGAAGGAGGAGCAGAAGCUGGAAGCGCACAGUGACUGGGUUCGCGACGUGGCCUGGGCCCCCUCCAUUGGCCUGCCCACCAGCACCAUUGCCAGCUGCUCCCAGGUUGGGUCUGUGUUCAUUUGGACCUGUGAUGAUGCCUCAGGCAAUACGUGGUCUCCCAGGCUGCUGCACAAGUUCAAUGAUGUCGUGUGGCACGUCAGCUGGUCCAUUACAGCCAACAUCCUGGCCGUUUCAGGUGGAGACAAUAAGGUGACCCUGUGGAAGGAGGCAGUCGACGGACAGUGGGUGUGCAUCAGUGAUGUCCACAAGGGCCAGGGUUCUGUGUCCACCUCAGUCACAGAAGGUCAGCAGAACGAGCAGUGACAAGACAGGUGGGGUGCCCCCCUCCAGGACUGUGCCUUCCUGGGCUAGCUGACCAAACACCCAGGAGAGAGCUCCCAAUCCCAGCAAGAUCUUUUCCCAGGACUAGCUACAGAUGCAACCCCCAAUUGAUCAUCUGCCUUAACACGGUUUGAUAUGGUUUAUAAUUUACUGUGCAGCUGGGGACAGUCGUGUUAGGAAACUUCUCUUCAGAUCUGUCGGUUUUGACCAUUUUUACAUAACUUUGGGUUCAGGCAUUAUUGGGAUGGGGAUUGUUUCCAAAGUAAUUAAAAUCAUAUUGCUUAUAA